AUGCCGGACUUAGAAGACCCCAGCCCUCUUGUCGACGAUCCUUCUCUGCUAGGAUGCUGCAAGCCAUUGAGAAUCAGAACCAUCUUACAUGGUGUAAUGUUCGUCUUCCUUGUCUCCUCUAUUGGAAUCCCAGUUCGCAGUCGUCUUCGCGUUGACUUCGUUUCGGGAACCAAUAUCGUGGCUAUAUCCUUGUAUUUCGUCUGGAAGUUUCACCUUAUUAUCCUGCACUCCAGGCUGAAAAAGAUUGUGAGAACACUCUUACAUGUUGCAGUCGUGGCUAUCCUAUUGUUUGUGAUCAUAGUCACCCAUGUAGCCAGAUUGGAUCCUGAUCCUCCAAAUGAUAACGAAGUCAUUGCAGUAAUUGUAUGGGUACGGCUACUCGUUCAGUUAGUAGCCUACAAUGCCGUUGGUUGCCUAUACAUCUUUAACUCCCCCGGUCGGAAGGAGAAGAUUAUCUCCGCUGGCUUUCUUGUCCUUGUUCUGCUCGUCUUCCUCCUAUCCUCGUUUGCCAACACCAAUCUUCGCUCCAACCUCAUUUUCUGGGCCAAUAUCGUGGCUCUAUCCUCGUACUGCUUCUGGAAGCUUUCUCCUUGGCUCCGGCGAUGCCUUCUCGAUGCUCCUGGUGCUGCCGUGGGGCCGCCCCGCCAUCCGCCGGCACAUCAAGAAGAAGCCGUGCUUCGACUCCACCCUCAGACCCCGUUUCGCAUCCAAGAGGUGCUGCGGGAAUUCUCAAGCGACGAAAUCCAGGCCAUGACGCACGACUUCGGGAGCAUGAUAGGGCGAGGCGGCUCCGCCCAGGUCUUCCGAGGGAACCUCGACGACGGCACGCCCGUCGCCAUCAAGCGGAUCAACAUCGACAGGGGGCGCACCGUGGCCGGCGAGGAGGACUUCCGGAGAGAGCUCUCCAUCAUCGCCAACGUGCACCACCGCAGCCUGGUGCGCCUCCUCGGCUACUGCCUCCAGCGCGGGGGCGGCCUCUACCUGGUCUACCCCUUCUUCGAGAACGGCUCACUCGACAGGUGGAUCUUCAACGGCAGCGACGAGCAGCGGCGGCAGCUCACGUGGCCCAAGCGGCUAUGUAUCGCCGUCGACGUGGCCCGGGCGCUCGCCUACCUCCACAACGAGUGCCACUGGCGGAUCCUGCACCUCGACGUCAAGCCGGGCAACAUCCUCCUCGACGGCGACCUCCGUGCGCACGUCUCCGACUUCGGCAUCUCCCUCUCCAUCACCCGGGGCCUGAACAGCGUCGUCGACACGGAGCACCUCAAGGGUACCUUCGGGUACAUGGCGCCGGAGAUGCUCUACAACGCGGUGUCCGACAAGUCCGACGUGUUCAGCUACGGCAUGACGCUCCUCGAGCUCGUUGGUGGCCGCCGGAACAUGUAUCCCUCGUUGGAGACGCCAGACUUCACGCGCGACUACUUCCCGUACAUCGUGAGGGAGAAGGUGGCGCGAGGCAAGGUCUUGGAGGCCGUGGACGCCGCCAUGGCGCCCGUGGACGACGACGAGGAGGCGGUGAAGGCGGUGCUCAAGGUGGCGCUCGAUCUGUUGCAUCCAGAACCAGCGGGAGAUGAGGCCCACCAUGCAGACUGUUGUGGAUAUGCUUGA